AUGUGCGUUGGAUUCCCUCUGAGCGCAACUGUGCUGAUCGCCCCUCACGGGAACCAUGGCUCAAGGCGACCUGUGUUACGGCUCCGGUUGCUCCCGCUCCUGGUGAUGGCUUGGUUGAUCCUUACGCUGGUGAUGGCUUGGGAGACGCGAACGCUUCGAGCAACUGCAGCUCCGCAUACUGCGGUCCAUGUGAACAAGAGGCCGCGCUUGACGGGGCCCAACGUGGCUCAGACCGAGCAAACUCUCCUGGGGGCCCCCUCCCAUUUGGAGGUCAAGGUGCGGAGGGCCUCGACGCAGGAGCGCUACAACACCACUGUGGAGACCUUCCUGUUCUGGUGCCAAAGCUACUUCAGCCUCUCACAGGACUACGACUCGCUCCUCACUGCGUACCUCAACGAGCUAUAUGCACAGGGAGCCGACGUGUCCGUCGCGGAGUACACUUUCGCCGCCUUUCGGUACCGGUUCCCCGAUUACGGAAAGUACGGCUCAAGGACUUUGGCCCGGGCCAUCCAGAUGCGUCUUCCAACACCUCGUGUGGCUUUCGCGGCUAUCGUGGGGGCCCUCUUUGCGAUCGGCAACCCCGUGAUGGCUUUGGCUCUGCUACUUCAGUGGGAUCUGCUCUUACGGCCUGGCGAGCUCACAAGCCUGCGCCCGCGUCAGGUAGUGGCGCCAGCAUCUCUGGUGGCGAUGCCCAGGUGGGGAAUCGUGUUGGCUCCUUCGACAGGCGGCUCAGACGACCCAAGCAAAACCAACGUCUUCGACGAGAGCAUCCUGUUGAGCCCAAGAGUCGACUACCUUCUCCCUGCCUUGGCGGCCCUGGUUGCAAGCCGCAAGCAGAUGCCCUUCUUGUUCGACUUCACUUGCACUCAGCUCAACGCGUCGUUCAAAGAUAUGGCCGACCGUCUCAAGUUGGGUGCGUUGGAAGCCACACUUUACGGGAACCGUCAUGGGGGAGCCAGCGAGCUGCGUCUCUUGGGGACUCCGCUCAAAGAGAUCAAAGCUCGCGGGCGUUGGCAAGCCGACUCAAGUCUGAAGCGGUACGAGAAGGCCACGGUCGCUCAGCAGCAGGUCCACAAGGUCCCAUUGGGCACCCAGCUCUACGGCAACUUCGUGGAAAACCAGCUCAAACUCUGCGGCAACCUCCUGGCAAAAGUUGUGUCCUCCAACAGUGCAACGGCCCUGAGCCAGCUUCGUCAGCUCUUCCUGCCUCUCCCCAACGUGUGA